AUGAGCGCUCCCUCCUCAGCUGCUCACAAGGAGUCGAACUACACCCCGAUUCCACAAGCGAAGCCGUUCGUCUCGUCACUGAGAUAUCCAUCCUCUCGCAAAACCAUAUACGACCGCAACCUCAAUCGCACCAAGACAACAGAAAUCUCGCUCGCAUCAUUUGCAUACCUGGUCAAUAGCUUGAUCACCUACCACCAUGGGAAGUCGGGUUCAGUCAGCGAGAUCGAAUCUCGUCUCAAUCGCGCUGCUUAUCCUAUAGGUGUCAAAAUGCUCGAUCUCUUGCUGUACAGACAACCAGCACGCGCAGCUGCGAGGCCCACGCGUAUGCUGGAUCUCCUGCAGUUCAUUCAUGGCUCUCUUUGGCGUGCCUUGUUCAACAGAAGUGCCGAUGCGCUGGAGCAGAGCAAUACCAAGAAAAAUGAGUACAUGAUUGUGGAUAACGAGCCACUGGUCAACACAUUCAUCAGUAUACCAAAAGAGAUGAGCCAAUUGAAUUGUGCAGCAUUUGUUGCGGGCAUCAUAGAAGGCAUGUGUGAUGCGGCUGGUUUCAGUACGGAGGGCGUGACAGCACACUGGGCAGGGGAGGGCGACGAGAUGUGGCCCGGCAAAACGAUCUUCCUCUUACGCUUCAAGGAGAGUGUUUUGGAGAGAGAGGAUGCCAUCAAGGCCGGUGGAGGUUGAAUGACAAAUUAAAUAUGAAGGGCCACUGAUCGCGCCGAAUGGGCAUAUUUCACGUGCUAGCUCACAGCAAGAGCGAAAGCCAUUCCGACCUGGAACGCAGCUGAGGACGGAGAAACUUUCACAUGGAUAGCUGGCGCUCGAACAUCGCGACUCAGUAUGACCCACAUUCGUGGCGGAAUUUGUUUGGACUCGGGAAGGGAGUUAUCAUGUGAAAGACCCACAUCAGCGGACAACACCGAUUGGUGCAGCAGUGGCCGCGACUGUCCAUGUCCAGCCUGCUUGCUGAUCAGGAGACAGUGAUAUCGCCACAUGGCCCUGAACGUCCGCCAUCUCAACAUCAUCCACAGAGUGUCCUUGGCUUUGCUGGAGUUGGCUCGCUUCCAGCACGUCCUUCCAAUCGUCAACGAGGUCGGCAUCGCUUGAUUCAAGCAACCGUUUCCCCAUGAAAUAGGACCAGCUUCCGGGAUGGGUACAGCACCAUUGCAUGAUUUCUCUGCGCACUGCGGUCUGCUGCGCCUCCGUCUGAGCAAAGUCUAGCAUGUGUAGCAGCCACAAACAUAUGCCUUCAACUCGCGCAUCGUCCUGUGGCCUUGAGGUGCCCUGGUCGAUGCUUGACAAUGAACAUUCCACCAGCGCGUUAAGGAAUGACUUUUGCUGUUUGACGAUAUCUCGGAGCAAGGCUUCCCAAAUCAAGAAUGCUCCAUUCAAUGAUGAUCCCAACUCUCGUUUGGAGGGUAGCAAAAGUCCAUCUUCAAUAAGCACAUCCGCCACAGCCCGAGUCCUUGGGGCGAUAGAACUAUCACCAUUGUCCUUGAUUAGAUGAAUGCAUGCUUUGGAUGCAGAUUGUACAUCUUCCGCUUGCUGGCGCUGAUUUCUAGUGCGUACAGCAUCCCGCCGUGAACUUCGCCAGCUCUUGAAGAACUCUUUGGCCCGACUUCUUAAUUUAGGCAGUGACGAAGCAAGUGCAGCAUCAGACUCAG